GAGUCAGUUGCUAUUCGGCAUUCGGCACUAGAACAGCUACUAGCUCUUGAAGGCUUCAGGAGCCGUCCUUUCGGUACCGGUUUAAUCUUUGAUCAGUUAGUUAGUAAUUGUACUUGGGAAACUUUCCGGCUACAUCAGCUGACCGACGCCAGUCGGAUUGCGGUUUCGAUAAGCGCCGAUUUUCUGUCAGUGUUGUACCGUGCAAAAAACGGAAGUUUAUUCAAAUAGAACGCAUCAAGCGGCUCCGCAGUGCUACAAUUUUCUGUGUUUUGUGACAAAAAUCCUUGGUGAAAAUGUGGGGCUGAGUUGUGUCACGAUCCGAAGAUUUCAAGAAUUUUUGGAAUAUUUGAUGGAUUUGUGCCAUAGUUUUGACCAGAAGAUAUAUUCGUGAAUAGCUGUGUUUGUGUUGUGGAAAAAAGGAGGAUAAAAAAAGUUUUUUGAUAUUUGAAUUGUGUUACGUGUUUUGAGUAACUGCCGACCUUUCGUUCGCUUUUCGAACAAACUUCGAUAAGAGAUCUUUGCUGAUUUUUUUUCCAGUCCAGUAGCGAGAAAAAAAAACCGAACGAAAAUUUCUUCUCCGAUAAGAGACCGGUGAUUGUUUCAAACCAACCGACCGCGCGCGUAAGAGUUUUUGUUGGCUGCUUUCUUCUAUUGCUAGUGCUGGAUCGCCUCCGGCCCUUCUAGUGACCGUAACUCCACAAGCCCAGUUAAAUUUUGUACCCACCAGGCGCCCGUUUCGGUUCCAGCAAUCGGUCGGAAAAAAAUCGCACAACGUGAGGCCAAAUAAAACAACAAACAUACAACAUACAUCAAUUCACGCCAAUCGUUGACUCCCGUGGUGCCUCACGUCUUCUAGAGCCAAUACACGGCCGGCCGGUGUCGUUAGUUCCAACAUCUUUUACCGCCCGCCGCUCCUGCCGCGGCUGCUGCUGCUGCUACUGACGCUGAAGUCCGCUGCGUGUCAGUUGGCAUAUAUUUCAUAUAUUUUAUUGUGUUGGUUGGUUUUUUUAUUUUUCGGAAGAUUGUGCCAUUUCUCGUUCGGUUUGUAGAACGAGUGAAUCGGUUUACUGAACGGGAGCCGCUGUCUACGGCUGAAACCCACCCGGUAAACAGACGACGGUCUGUUUCGGAUGCUUUUGUUGGACCAGUAGCGCACGGUGCAGUUGCAGUAUCAAUCGAAACAGGUAAUAACUUUGGUUUCGAUUCGCAUUGGAGACACUUGAUAAAAACAUAUUAUGAAAGGAUUGGAUUAAGGGCUGAGGACAGUACCGUAAAGUGCACCCCAACAAACGCACAAAUCACACUCCAGCAAGCAACGGUUUCUGUUGAAGCCGGCGUUAUAUAAAGAAAGGGAAACGAAACCAGCCAACCCCCAUUUGGAGGAAAACAGUGCUUCAAAGGAAAUACCGAAUCAUCAAUAAGCUGUGGGAAAAAAAUACACCAAGAACAGUAUUGAAGUCAAUUAUCCGUAGAGUAAAUCCAAAGAAGUUACAAAAAAAAUUGACGGGAUUAUAUCCAGUGUAGGACAACCGGUUUCAUUCAAAUGCACUAAUGAAAGUAGUAUAAUUGAGAAGAAUAAAAUGAAAACAACGAUGCAUUUGAACCGCAAAAUGAUGGACAACGUGGUAGCAGUGAUAAUUGCUCUCUGCGUUCUACCGAGCUUGCUUCUGGUGAGCGCCCAGCAGCAACACCAGCACACCUUGGCCGAGUCCGAACUACAGGCGCAGGGAUUGGUUCCCCACCGAGGCGAACAGAUAUCGGCUCGGCGCUUCAAGCGAAUGUACGCCAUGUGCCCGCCGCACUUCUUCCGCAUCGGCAAUGAGUGCUACUUCAUAUCCCAGAACAAACAGAACUGGCUGGAUGCCCAUUUCGAGUGUAAGGAUCGAAAUAGCAAGCUGGCGGAACCGAUGAGGUACGACGAUAAAUAUCUGCGAAAGUUUCUGCAAAUGUCCAAGGAGAAAAACUACAUCUGGAUCGGUGGAAACUACAACUGGCGAACGAACAAGUGGCAGUGGGGCUACAACGGAAAGGAUAUCGGAUAUCAAUCCUUCAGCCAAAUGGUGCCAGGGAGCAGCCAGGAUCUGAAAUACCACUGUGCAGUGCUUAAUCCUGACCUCAAGUUCAGAUGGUCAGCGAAGCUAUGCACAGAAAAACAGAACUUUAUUUGCCAGCACAAGAUGCCAUUCGUGAACAGUCACAGCCGCAAGAAGGUGUACAACCGGUGGAACGCUACCUUCCCGAACGAAAUGGCCAACGAGGUUGAGGUGGUGGUUGCCGAUCAGCCCCGAAGCAGUAAGCAGAGGGAUUACUACAGCACCAGCAACAAUACGGAAAACAACACGAUCAACCCGACAACUCUCUACGAUCGAAUCAAGCACAUGAAGAGCACAAACAGAACGCUUCGGAUUCGACCAUCCCGUCGUCGUAUUUUGAAUCGCAACAAGCUACUACCGAAGAAUGACUACAUCAGCAACGACAUCUACCGGCGACCGGUUGUUGAGUACGUACAGGAUUCCAACAACGAACUGAACUCGAUCAAUGGAAAUGGCCAUCGGAAUGGGCACGGAUCUAGCUUCCUGGGUGGAUUCAACGUGGAUAUUCAUCGUCAGUCAACGAACAAGAACCGGCACAAUCGAUUGAACGAAGUUACCGCAGAUUACCACCGUCCGCACCAGCAUCGACAUCACCAAAGAGAACCUCACACUAAACCAACCGAGGCAACAACAACUUCGACAACGAAGACGACGACGACCACAACUGCUAGAACAACAACCACGGCUCCAGAAACACGCCCGACUCAGGUGACGGUCCAGACGGUCACCAAACAACAACAACAACACCAUUCGGAACACCAUCCAAUGACACGCGAAGAGAAGAAAGCACGCCGCGACAGGGUCCGAGAGCGACUGGGUCGACUAACCGACGAGGAACGCGAAAAGUUCUUCGCCGAGCGUGCCAAACGAAAACGGUCCAAAGAGAUACGAUCGAGAAAUGAAACCAUUCCGUAGAUUCUGCCAGGCAGACUCGAAGACAUAGCAGCAGGAGGAAGAAGAUUGUUGUGCAAAGAUUAGAGCGUACGUUUCACUAGUGUUUUUAUCCUCAGCAAGAAUGCGGCGGUUCGGAUUGGGAAGGCCCAUGCCCCCUCCCACAGCCGGACGGUCACAAGAUUGACCAAUCCUUCAAAACCAAGUUAGAUAAAAAUAAGCGGUUCCUAAGUCUACUACUGUAUACUCGUAAGAAAUGAUUUCCUUCUAGCACUCAAUCGAAGUUUUUAAAAUUGAAUAUAUUGAAACACACACACAUACAUAUCCUUCCUUCUUCUAUUCUAAACGUAAUUCUAUAGCUGAGCGAGAUGUUCAAUCUAGAUCAUUGUUGUACGAAAUGAUCUUUGUGACGCUUUCAUUUGUUUAAUUUUAUCGCCUGUGUAACUUCGUUUUCGCCAAUAGAUGUGUAAGUACCGUUGUCCUUAUCUAAGACCCUAGAGUUUCUAUUAUCAUCCCAAUGAACUAAGCACUACUUCCCCAGUUAAAUUAUAUGUUACUAUAAAGUUUAUUUUUUGUAAAACGAAAAAAGAGUGAACGAAAAACAAUGUGAACCAACAGUCAUUAUUUGAUAAGUUCAGAUUAUCUUAUUUGAUUGUACUUUUUCGGUAAUCAAAUUUUCGAAUACUGCACAAAAUAAAGAAUACGGAAAUUAAUAGCUUCAAUACAAAUCGGACAGUUUCCGAUUCGAGGCAGCACAUUGCGUAGAGAAAGAAAGAGAGAGAGAAAGAGAGAGAAAAAAAACUUCCUGUACAAUCGUACGUUAAAGAAAAUCGCUUCGUCAACCAAGUAGAUUAAUAUGAAAAUGAAGAACAAUGUAAAGCGACAUUUUGCCAUAUUAAAAUUAAGUUCUACUGCAAAAGAAAAACUCUAAUGUUGAAAAUAGUAGCAAUUACCCAUACCGCAACAGGUAGCAACUCGCAUCAAGGUGAAGUUGAAAAUGUUGCUCCAAUUUUCUCCAAUUAUCUUUAAAAAAAUUGCAUGAUUCAGCAAGCGAACUGUAAGCAAUAGCUCAAGCUAAGAAAUACAAGUGCGUGGACCGGAAGAGCACGAGGGGAUAGCAGAAAGAACAAUUUGUACGUACAACGACAUCCGUUGACAGUAUUUCGAUCGGAUUAAGCUCAAACGUAGCUUAGAUGUGAGAUGGCAAGCUGUAGAGAUUGGAGUGAAGAAUGAAUGGAACAGAAAGAAAUGAGAUUUCAAAUAAAUUCUUAGCAGAGCGUU